AUGCAGCUGCCUAUGUCUGCCGCAAUGCGAGGGCCAGCGCCGAUGGCUGACCUCAAGGACGAGCUGACCCUCGCCGCGGGCAAAGUGACGCCUGGCGUGGACGACACGCCAUACAUCCAGUACGCCUUGACAGCCUUGACGCGGGAUCGCAGCGACCCCCAGGCACAACCUCACUUCUCGCCACAAUCUGCUUCAGAGUAUUACAAGCACCUACGCCGCACAAAUACCGUUGGCGAGGUUCCAUCCCGCAACUUGCCAGCCACCGCUCCAGAGCCUGCUUCCGAGGAAGCUGCUCCUCUGCGGCGACUCUCCCCACGCCCAGAUGCUCACUUACCUGUGCCUGCCCCCGUGCAGCAGGGUAAUGACUCUCCCGUUAUAUCCAUUCCAAUCGGAGAUUCUUGGGGCCUCAAGGACCCUUCAAGCGCACACUGGGUUGCCGUCACCGAAGAUAUGCGACAAAGUCUCGACCCUCACGGCCGCACCUAUCCACCUCUCGCCUAUAAGCCGUCUAUAUUGCGGCCAUUUUCAAUGAUGAUUUUAAUGACCCUGAGCUUAUGCAUGAUGGCAGCGUUGAUAUUUUGUGUACAAUACUCGGCGCAACACGAUGGGUUGACGCCGUACCCUGGAAGUCUAUACACGGCUCAGUUUUUUGUUUUCCGCAUCCUCCCUCAGCUUCUUGGAGCUGUUAUCCUCAUCUACGCCCAGAGCAUUCUCAACACUGCGCUUCGAGUUCUCCCCUUCGUCUCCCUCGCCGACGAGGAUCCGCAACAACGAUACUUGGCGCUGUUUGCCGAGCUGUAUGCCAAGUCUUUGCUCUACCCUCAGCUGGUCGGGCCUUGGCAAAUCAUGCUGUUCGACUUGGCGACCUGGCUUGCGCUCUUUACAGUCCCGCUUCUGAGCGCAUCCUUUACUUGCAUUUAUGAGAAUCACAGUUGGGUUUGGUCCCCUGUUCCCAUUGUUGUCUGGGCACUUGUCGCCUUGUACGGUCUGUUGGUGAUUUCCACAGCCUUGAACAUGGUGUUUUGGUUCGGUAAGUGGACGGGAUUCUCGUGGGAUGUUCGAUCCAUCGGAGAUCUCCUACCACUUCUUAACCGCAGCAACGCCAUCGCCAGCUUUGACCCACAAACCCUUUCGGGCUCGCGAGCCGACUUCAAGACCGACCUUCGGGAUAGAUGGUUUGACAGACUAGGGUACUGGAGAUCUAGCGACAUGAUUACGGGGGGUAUCUGGUACUCUAUCGGCGCCGUAGGAGCAAGAGGCAACGACGCCAGGGUUGUCGCAGGCAUGCGUCGAGACAGCGCCCCAAAGGUAUCCAUGGACUCUGAGGCGACUGCGGCACCUAGAAACUGGCGACGCGUCUACGAGCGCCAUCUUCCAUUCUGCAUCCGGUCUGUGCCACUGAUCAUGUAUACGGUCGUUUGUGCUCUUCUCGUGGUCGCCCUGCUGGUAGUAUCAUUUCUUCCCCAAACCCGAAUCGACGAUGGCUUCCGCCCCCUCCUGGCGGCUAGACCGGGAAACAAUGCCUUUUCUGCGGCCAACUUCUUAAAUGCCUUUGUGCCGUCGCUGAUUGGCAUGGUAUUCUGGAUGCUUUUCCAACCAAUCGACAUGGCCUUUAGACGGCUCCAGCCGUGGGCGGACCUGGGCCAGCUGGAGGGCGCGACCGCGUCAAAGUCCAUUCUGGCCGACUACGCAGCCUGCCUGCCCCUUCAGGUGACGUGGCGGGCAGCGCGCAACGGCCACUGGAGAGUCGCGCUGCUGUCCAUCAUGGCGCAGGCCCUCGUGGCCAUCCCGGUGCUGGGCGGCGGGGUCUUUAUGGCGCUCGCGCGGGAAGACGGGCAGGUCAGGAUGUAUCCCAGCAUGCCAGUGUUUGGCGUGCUGGUUGCAUUCCUGCUCCUCUACGUGGGGUGCCUGUCUCUGGCCAUCCCCCGCCGCGGACAGUUCGAGCUACCCCGCCCGGUGACGUCGAUCGCCGCCAUCAUGAGCCUGUGUUCCGCCAAGGAGCUCACUCAGGACAGUGCGUUCCGCUCCGUCCGGUCUCGUCAGGACUUGGAGGGUCGCCUCGGGGUCGGCCGCGAUCCUCGCGAGGAAACGGUGUGGUUCUACGGCGUGGUCGCGGGGCGUGAUGAGCAUCGUGUGAGCGUCAGGCGCAUGCAGCGCUACACGGAGAAGCCAAAGAUUCGAACUAUCGAGGCCAUGGUGUAG